AUGGCCGCCUCUGAGCUGAGCUGCCAGGUGUCCGAGGAGAACUGUGAGCGCCGAGAGGCCUUCUGGGCUGAAUGGAAGGACAUGACACUGUCCUCAAGGCCUGAGGAGGGUUGCUCCCUGCAUGAGGAGGAUGCCCUGCGGCAUGAGACCUACCACCGGCAGGGGCAGUGCCAGGCACUGGUGCAGCGUUCCCCCUGGUUGGUGAUGCGGAUGGGCAUCUUGGGCCGUGGGCUACAAGAAUAUCAGAUCCCCUACCAACGGGUGCUGCCACUGCCCAUCUUCACCCCUACCAAGUUGGGUGCCACCAAGGAGGAUCGCGAGGACACCCCCAUCCAGCUACGGGAGCUGCUGGCGCUGGAGACGGCCCUUGGUGGCCAGUGUGUGGACCGCCAGGAUGUGGCCGAGAUCACCAAGCAGUUACCCCCUGUGGUGACUGUCAGCAAGCCUGGCUCACUCCGCCGAUCCCUGUCCCGUUCCAUGUCCCAGGAAGCACAGAGAGGCUGA